AUGUUUUUGCUUCUUCCUCCAGCUCCUCUGGCGGCGGACGGGCGGCUGCACAGCACUAAUGCGGGCGCGAUCACAGCAAGUUACUAUUCGAGCUGCCUGCACGUCGUCCAGCAGGAUGUUUGCUGUCCGUUUGCUGCUGUCGCGGUAGAUUCGCCAUUGCUAUUGACUGCGGACGGGAAGACACAGGCGGACGUCUCGGAACGCGCACGCAGGCCCAGGGGACAGUCACAGGCGAGUCUACGAAAGAGGGAAGCGGAGGAAGAAGAGAAUACAAGAAGACGAAAAGGAAAAGGAGAAGAAAAGGAAGAAGAAGAAGAAACGAGCAGGACGAUGCGGUUUCUGACGCCGUCCAAGGUUGCGCUGCUGGCGCUGAUAUCCAUCUACACAGAGGGCGUCGUGCCCAACUCGGCCGUCGUGCCGGUGCUUGCGUUCCUCGUCUCGCAUCUGCUGCCGCUGGAGGCGUCCAGGACGGUGGGACAUGGCUGUAUACAUGGCUGUCGACCUGGUUGUGGCCGUGGGAGCGGACGUGGACAGCCGGACAGCAGCAGCAGCAACAAAGACGCGGCAUCAACAUCUACAGGAAAUACGACAUCUACAACAUCUACGGGAACAAGAACAGAAGACAAAAUGCAAGGGACGCCGUCGGUAGAGGAGGUCAAGGAGGCGACGGCUGGGCUGGCGUCGUCCAUCCCCGGGCGGUCGAUAUGGGACCUGUUCCUCAAGCGGCUGUGGCAGUUCGACUGCGCAGACACGCUGGACGAGUUCUUCGCCAGCCUGGCCGAUAUCCUGGCCCGGUCGCGGGAGGAGAGGCUGCUCGACCCGGAGGGGGCCAAGGAGGCAGACGAGGAGCAGAAGAAGCACGGCCGGGUGCUGCUGGCCCGUCACUCGCCGCUGGGCGCGUUUGUACGCAGAGUCCGGCUCGAAUAUACGAAGCUGCAGUUCCACGAUGCAACGAGCCUCUGGAAGGCCUUUAUCCGCUACAGGAUGCCUACCUACGCCGCCUGGGCGAAGCGGAACCCGGCAGAGGCACAGCUGUCCGUGGACGCGAACCUGUGCGAGCUGGGCCUGGAUCUGGACAGCCCGCUCGCCAGGGUGAUGUACGGCGACCUCGCUGACGACGGGGCGGACGAGGGUGCCGGCAUGAGCGUCAGGGACGUCGAGCGCCUGCUGGAGUUUCAGAUCUCCAAGAUGCAGAGCAAGGCUGCCAGAGUGUCGCCGGACAUGAUGGCCCAGCUGAGGAGGGUCAUCAUGGCCGGUGCAACCGUGCCUUGUCUCUUUCACUACGUCAGAAGCAAAGAAGCAAGAAGCAAGAAGCAAAGAAUAAAAACUGAUUGUGAUAGAUUCCUUGACUCAUGGAAGGCCGGGGACCAUCCGUCCUCCCUCGACCAUCUCCAUCGGUACUUUGACUACACAGUCCAGACCAGAGACCGCACUUUCUACCAAUAUGCACUGCUCAACCUGGCCCUGCUGCAGGCGGACUUUGGCUGCCAUGGAGAGGCCAUCUCCGCUUUCCGGGAGACCAUUGCAAUCGGGCGCGAGACCCAUGAUAUGAACUGUCUCAACUACGCCAUGACGUGGCUCUACCACUUCGGCAAGAUAUCCCCUGACGAGCUCGCUGAGAUACACAACACCGGCAUGCUCGGUGCCGACAAGGAGGCUCUCGCUUUUCUCCAGACCAAGGCAAAGGAGGCAGAGAUGUGGGGGAUGCUCAGCACCGCUCUCCUCAGCGAGGGCAGACUCGAGCUCGCAAAUGGAGGAAGCAUUGCGUCGACGUUUGAAAGUAUUAUCAAGGCCUCCCAUGUCUGCAUAACAAGGGGCAGGCAGGACUCCAUGGGGCCUCAGAUGAUGCUACAGGCCUCCCUCUACGGCAGACUAGGUAUGUCCGCCAUGCUAUCCAACAUCUUCCUACGGAGAACUAACGCCGUUGACAUUGAUUACUGA